UCUCAUAAGACGUUGACGUUUCAGUUAUUUACUAAGUGUUUUUCUAUUUUAAUAAUUUGUGUGGUUUUUUAGCGACUUUUCUGUUUUGAUAAUUUAUUUCUAAAAUGGGGAAAGGGAAGGAUAAAAGAAAGAAGGAUGAACCGCCACCAGAGCCCGAACCAGAGGAGGUGGUUCAGAUCACUGAGCUGGAACCUGAACCGGAGGAAAUCCAGUUCACAGACACAUCUUACACCAGCGCGUCCUUUGAGGAGCUGCCUCCGCCGCCUGAAGAACCAGUCAAGAAGAAACCCAAAAAGGGGAAAAAGGGGAAGGUAGCUAGUGAGGUGGUGGUGAAAGACACGAGCGAGCUCUUCAAUUGGUCUGAGGAAUCCCUCGCUGAGGAACAAGCAAAACCUGUAGAAGAAGAAGAAGCUCCCAAAAAGAAGAAGGGUAAGAAAGGCAAGAAGGACAAAGAGCCGAAAGAAGAGAUACCUGAUUUUGAAAAGCCUAAAAACUGGAAGAAAAUGAAUAAAAAAGAGAGGGAAGCAUGGCUGGUGGAAAGAAUAGAGCAGUGGCGGGCGGAAAAGGAGGCAGAAAAACAAGCAAUCCUGGCUGGUGCAAAAGAAAAACGCGCAGCCGCCGCCAGAGAGCGGGCGGAGCUGAUGGCGAAAGACAACGAGGAGCAAGAAAUAAGGAGGGAUAUACUGCAGAAGGCAUGCAACCUGUUUUCAAAAUUCGAGAAACAGAAAUUCGAAUACCUAAACAAGAAACAGUUGAAUGCAGAGUGGCAACAAUAUCUCCGCUGCGACGGCCUACCUGACGCGCGGGUGGUGACACAAAUGAACACAUACCUCCAUCUGUGGCAGAACAACGUUGACAGGGGCGUCUGUGAUGAUAACGAGCUAGACAGACGGUGUAUUGAAGCUUUACCGAUGCUGGAGAUGCUCGAAGAGUUCGUGGCGAAUUCGCGACAGUACACGCCAUUGCAAGCACAGGGGUAUAAUGAAGUUCGGUUAGCCCUUCGCGAGUCCCUGUCCCAGGCCAUUCAGCUAGCCUCAUACACUCUUCUCCGAGAUUUAGAGAAACGGCUGAAGUUCCACUCUAUCAAGCUGGCGACCUACGAGAGGGAGUUUAAGGGCCUCAAACUAAACAUCUGGGUCGCUGUUAGGAUGCCCACAAGGAAAAUACGACCUGUGGAGCCUGAGAGAGAACCAGUGGAACUAACCUUCCCCGCCAUCCAAGUAUCAGUGAAACUACCCAAGAUAAUAGAUGGCUCUUGUGUCUGCGUGCGCGCAGCUCGCUCCAUGUUGGAUCUGCAGAGCGAAAGUUCUAGAACUUUCGCUUUAGCGGCUGAAAUGCCAAACAGAUACGAAGAUCUGUUCAUUUACAACGUUAAGGAGCACGUGGCGACAUAUAAACUGAAGAAAGAACAGGACGAAACUAGGAGCAAGUUCUUUGCUGAGAUCAGGGCCAAGGUCAGGGAGCUGGAGAAUUUCCUGAAGGCCAAUAUAUAUACGAAGAAUGAGAAAGAAAAGGAAGAGUUGGACAAUUUGAACAUGAUGGAGCCACAGAACCUGCCCGACCCUCGAACUUACAUAGGAGAACAAAACGAGAUGGCUUUCGCUAAAUAUCUCAAAACUUGUAUGACGAGGACCAGAGCGGGUGAAAUCAAUCUGCGGAAAUAUAGGAUAUGUGGCGGUGUUCUUUACCUGGACCUGCUGAUGACGCCGCCACAGCCAAAACGACUAUGCGGGGAUCUCAUUCUAGCAACAUUACAACUGCCCAAAGCCCUGCAGCCCAUGAAGUACCAGGUGCAGUAUCGGGCGCCCGGGCCUCCGCCCUCCGGCGUCGUGCGCACACCAGAGGAGAUCGAAGCGGAGAUGAAAAAGAUUGAGGCUGAAUACGAGAAGCUGGCGCUCGUGUUUAUUGAACUUCCCCAAGAUGUAAUGUGGUCGGAGCCGCCGGUGGUCUGCCAGUGGCAGGAGGCGAGGAAGCUUUGGACUAGCAACUAUAUCAACGACUUUAAGUUCAACGAAGACAAGUUUACUGUUCAGUUCAGGACAGGCGUGUUGUGGCCUAUCGGUAUAGCUACGCUGAGGUAUAGUAACUUGCCGUACCAGAGUUGGGACAUCAAACCCGACACUUACACCAAAGGCGUUAUCAUAACGGUGACGGGUGUGUGUGUGACGAUCACGUGGCUCUGUCUGGGUAACACCGUCAGACUGAAGUUCAUCGCCAACUCCACCACCAACGCUCUGAAGGAUCACUACAAUAAGCCUUACAGCGUUAAGAAAAUGAUGCAGAUAAUGCGAGCAGCCUCCUGCGACUUCUUCCCCGACUUCGAUGCGCACAACCACAUCGAGGGCAGCUGCCCGAAGGACUGGGUGGCGGAGAGGCACAACUAUCACGCGAUGGCAUUCUUGUCCAGAGCUUACAACUUUCAAUGGAGCAGGUGGAAUGCCACAGCUGGGAGUCGCACGAUUAUCAUGCAACUAAGAGAAGCUGUUGACAAGAAACGAGAAGCGAAACUUCAGCUGCUAUAUGUGACUCCACAGCGCGCCACCAUAUUGAAAUGCAACGAAACCGUGCAAGAGCUUAACCUGCAGCCAAUGAUGGGUUUAGGAUUCUUCCCGGACCUGUUCACGCUUAACAUGUCGUACGGGUCGGUUGACGCGCGCCGUGUGACAUUCAACAUGAAAUAUAGACUGGUCGAAACUGUUUACGACAUGUUACAAGAGUUGAAACUGUCGAGUUAUUCGUAAAUACAUAAAAUAAAAUAAAACUACUUCAUUACUAUACAACAAAAAAAAACGUGUUCAUCUUCUGCUGGCACUGUGCCAACAGAAGACGAACACGUUUUUUUGGAAAACUUGGAUAUUAACUUUUUGACAUCUUACGAAUUUUCGAUGGUCACGUAUCCUGACGCGAGAUUCACAUUUUCUAUUCAACCAAUCACAUAAAGUGCACAAAGCCGCUAAAGAAGCUUUUUCACUUCAAAAUGUAUAGGGACGAAUCACACAGAUUGAGUUAGCCCCAAAGUUCGAGACUAGUGUUAUGGUAUGAGAUACUAACUCAAAAGCUAAUAUUUUAAAAUAGAUUUCUUUCAUUCAUAGGAGUGUGUUAUUGCUGGUGACAGAUUUUAUUAAAGUCGCCUAAAGUAUCUCAUAUUGAACAUCGAAUGGACGAUGACUUUAUCUUGAGCUGACCGGGUUCAAACCUGUAACCUUCAGAGUGUCUUGAGGAAUAUUAGGCAGCAGAGGUCCUAAUCUUGUCCUGUCCUGUUGUCUUGAUCAUUGAGACAAAACUACGCAAUUUGACGUGAUACAAAACUGUCAAAUGUCAAAUGGUACAUCCAUUUAUAGUAUACAGGGUGUAACAUUACCUCCGACAUAGCCGAAACCCACGUAAUCUCCACAUUAAUAUGAACAUUUUCCCCAAGAAACCAUGCCUGGGAAAUCAGUAGUUUCCGAGAUAAUGAGGUACAAAGUUGAAUUGAAAAUUUUAAUAUUUUUUUACAGAUAUAUCAUGUAACCGUCAUUACAUCCAAAGUUUAAACUAUCAUAUUCAGAAGUUAUCCAGGUUGAACUAUAUUUUCUGUGCCUUCUUCUCUUUCUUCUUUGGGUGUUCACGGUUACAUUUAGAUGUGACGCCCCGAUUUCGAAGACUUGGCUAUGAGUUUACAACCGACUGGUCUGCCUGACGUCAACCCUCUUUGAGAAUGCUAUUAGGGCUCUAGGUGUCCUUUAGUCGCCUCUUACGACAUUCACAAGAGUACUCCUGUUCUAGGGCGGCUAUUUUCAUCUAAAAAAGUUUGAGAACCACUGAUAUAAAUAAUCUAAAGAUUCAUUCGCCUCUUUAUAUCUGUCAGUACUUUGUAGCUUUUGGAGAAAUGUCAAAUUUGACGUGAAAACGUGUCUGCGAAGGUCUACUUUAUAACUAAAAAACAUAACAUUCCUUUUCCAAAAGUAAUCAAAUUUUAGUUUGAUCAUAACUAUUUAUAUAUUACCUGUCCCGGCUUUGAUCGGGUAAAACGAUAAUAUAUCUAAUCUAUUGGCGUAAAAAGUUUUUGGGUUUAUCAUGUAUGUGGGUUUAUUUUGGGUAUAUCAUGUCUGUAUGACAGACACAAGCGGCAAAAGGACAAUUUUUUAUAAUACAAGAGUUAUUUACCAUCACGCGUUCUGUAUUUACUAACAUUUUUAGUGUAAUAUGCAGUUUUGUAUUGCGAAGGUAUAAAUUAUUGUAGGUUAUAAAACAACUUUUAAAAUAAUAAAACACACAUGAAUACUAUAAACAAAUUCUAUUUAUUUUACGGAUAAAAAAAAACUAAAAACUACUAAUAGUAAAAAAAAAACUCCUUCCAUUAUGAAACUGAAAUAAAAUGUUAUUUUACAAAAAAAGUUUCGAUAACAAAUGACCUACUCUAUGAUUCCCUGGCAGUUGAUACAAUUUUAUGUACACUUUUUUUUUUAAUUUUAAAAACUACGUCUUUUUUGUACGUGCCUUGGAGUUAUUUCGUUAAAGUCACAUUUUAUUAGGGAAAUUUGACUUAUCAAAAUCUUUAUACAAAAAAAAAUUGUAUACGAGUAAAAUUUGCAUUCAGGGGGUGUAACAAGUCUGCAAAUAUUGCAACAAUUUAUGGAAAAUUUAUAACAAAUUGAUUAAUGCAAUAUUUAACAGUAAACAUAAGGUUCCUAUUAUUUUAUAUGCGUAUUCCGUCUAUAAAAUUCACAAAUAUCGAAUAGCUUACGUGUUGUUCAAAAUGUGAAUUCAUUUUGACAUUUUUUUUUUUAAUUCAUAAAAUUAAAAGCACCUAGACGUCGUAAUUUUGAAACAAGUCAACGAGAUGAAAGAAAGACUAACCCCAAUAUAACAAAUAACUAAUAAAUAUUGCAGUGUUUGUGUUAAAAUAGAAACAUAUUGUACCAGAAUGAACGUAUAUAGGUUCUCAUUUGCUUAAGAGUGUCCGAGAUAUUCAGUAAAAAUUUCAAGUCAAAUUAAAGGAAAGUAAAAUAAUAAAAAAAACGGGACAUUCACAUCGUGUUUGUAUAAAAUGGUUUUUAUGAAAGUUUCAAUUUAUUUCACGCACAAAAACUAUCAAAAAAACGACCCUAACAUAAUUCCGAGUCAGUGUUACCAUAUUUUAAACAUAUACAUAUAUAUAUAUAUAUAUAUAUAUAUAUAUAUAAAUAUAUAAGCUGACACAUUAACCACAUAUUACUUAAAACAAAUGUAGCCCUGUGAUUUUGUAGACACUGAGAAUCGAUUUUAUUCCCAUAAAUUAGAUUAUUAUCACAAACGAGAUCUUUUUUUAAAUUAAAAUAAAAACAAUAUCCGAUCACAGUAUAUUAGAAAAAAAGGGCAAAAAAAAUCAAUCCUCAGUAUUGAAACCAAAUUUGUCCACGAAUUUUUAUGGAUUAAAACAUAUACGUCCAUAUUUGCGAAAAUUCAAUGGAAUCAACGAUAUCAGUUAACAAAACGCAUUUUUUAAAUAUAUUUAAAUUAAGUUAUCAACUAAAUGAAUAUAUAACUUUUUUGUAAUCUGUUCUUAUUAUUUACAAGAAUAAAUGAAUGAUUAAAUAAUAUGUUUUAAUUAAAUGGUGCUAGGUUAGUACCUAAUGGCAACACUAAAUAUAAGGUUGGUAUGUACAGUCUUUAAAAAUAAGUAUAUUAUUUUAAAAUCAAUAAACAUUAAUAAAUAGAUGACCCUAACAAGUUUAUGCGGAACAAAUAUAGCAAAAAUAUUGUAUGUACAUUUUUUUGAAUGUUUUAAUUUGUAUUGCAAGAGAAAACAGUCGUUAUAUAAACGCACAUCACUUGACACUUUAUAUCACGAUCCAUCUGCAAAAGUCAUCAAACAUCCUUACGUAUUAUCAUAAAACAAGGUCCUCUGCCGCCUCUGUCUGUCUGUUCGCGAUAAAUUAAAAAACUACUGCACAGAUUUUCAUGCGGUUUUCACCAAUACAUAGUGUGAUUCCUGAUGAAGGUUUAUAAUUUAUUUAUAU